AAGUAAAAAAAUAAAUUAAAACUGUUAAAAUUGAGCUCAUGGUCAAGUCUCAUUCAACUGCAGGUUCCACAAUCUCGACUUUUCUUUCUCUGCCUCUUUUCCUAUACAAGUCUCACUUUUCUUCCCCUUUCAAGAUACCCUAGGAUUCAACAUAGGUAUUUAUUUUUUUUCAUAUUAACUAAUGAUACUUACAUGUAUUAUUAAGACAAAUAAAUUGAAACGGAGUAUAUAUAUAUAUAUUUAUAAUUAAAAGAAAGUGUAAAUUGAACAGAUCUAGUUCUACCGCUAGCAAAGUAAUGGUGGUUUCAUUUUCUCAAUACUCUCUAUUGUUGUGACUAAGGAGAGUUUAAUUAUUUUUUUUCCCCAUCCAUCUGGGGCCCUUAUUGAAGAGAUGGAUGAAAACAAAGGAGAUACCACCAAGAAACAACAUUUAUGUAACUCUCCAGUUGACCCUCAUGAACAAGAUUCACCAGAUAAUACUACUCCGCUACAGCAUCCGGUUGUUUCUGCUGCUCCUUUUAUUUCUUCUUCUGCAAUAUAUAAUAUACCGACUGCUGCUGUUUCUUUCGAACAACAGCAUCAAUUUGAAGUUGUUAAUACAAAACGGCCAAGAUAUACUUCAAGUCAAUGGAAAUUCAUUUCUUCUCAUCAUCAACAACAACAGCAGAAGGCUGGUACUAUACUGAGUGCGGAAUCGAGUCCGAUAUCGCCUUCAGCUCACGCUACUACCGCUACCAAUAUUCCUCAAACUCAAGUACCAACCGCGUCUUCUUCAGACACGGCUUCUUCUCCUUCCCACUCUCCUCGGCCUUCUUCAGAGCCGAGUAAGAGCGAAGGAGGAGAACAAGUUCAUCAACAAUUUAGGAAAGGGAAAUACGUGAGUCCGGUUUGGAAACCUAACGAGAUGUUGUGGUUAGCUAGGGCUUGGAAAAUUCAGUACCAAGGUAGUGGUAGUGGUAGUGGUUCAUCAUCAGAGCUUGUUCAUCUAGAAGGUUCUCCAGGAGCAGCCGGGGGAGGAAGUGGAAGAGGCAAAACUAGAGCUGAUAAAGAUAGAGAGGUGGCUGAGUUUCUCAACAGGCAUGGAGUUAACAGAGAUGCUAAAACUGCUGGGACUAAAUGGGACAAUAUGUUGGGUGAAUUCAGAAAAGUUUAUGAAUGGGAAAGAGGUGCUGAGAGGGAACAAAUUGGAAAGAGUUAUUUUAGACUCUCCCCUUAUGAAAGGAAGAUUCAUAGAUUACCAGCUUCAUUUGAUGAACAAGUAUUUGAAGAAUUAUCUCAAUUUAUGGGCUCAAGAAUGAGGACUCCUCAAACUAGAAGCGGAACUCAGUCCAAUAGUAUUGCUGAUGAUAUUCCUACACCUCUCAUUGUUACCAAGUCUUUGCCUCCUCCUCCUCCACCCUUCAGGGAAGAUGAACUUCCUCACUCUGCGAGGGCGAAACAAUUGGUAAUGUCAAGUGGAACUGAAACAUUAAUUCAUGGAACAAGAGGUGGGUUCUUAGGGUUUGAAACAGUACAACCAUCUUCUUCAUUAGAUAUUAUGGGUGGUGGUCCAUCUUCUAGUGGUUCAAAGGAGCUUCGGCGCAUCGGGAAGAUUAGGAUGAUAUGGGAGGAGUCAGUGAGUUUGUGGGCUGAAGAAGGUGAGCAUCAUAGAGGUAGAGUAAAACUACAAGGUUGCAGUUUUUUAAAUGCAGAUGAAAUUGCAUUUUUGGAUGAUUCUAUGGUGGCUAGCACUAUGGAGGCCUUUGAAGAUGGACCAAUGAAAGGUUUUUCUGUUGAUAGAUUCCAAUCUGGGAUACAACUCAAAGUCUUUGGCAGAAGAAAAUCUUCUUCACCUAUUGGUCCAAGUGAAAGAUUGCAGCUUCCCUCUUCUGAAUUUCCCAUCAGAUCAACUACGCCUUGGGAAUUUCAAGAUCCAACUGAGUACUACGUUGGUUGUCUCAGAUCUCCUCCUCCUACACUUCCAAGCUUGUUUGAGCUUUCAUGGCAUUUGCAACAGCCACCACCGGAGGAACUCCGUUUCCCUCUCCGACGAGACGUGUUCAAAGACUUGCCUCAAGGGAGAGAAUUAUUCUUCACAACCUCCUCAACUGAGCUAUUAGACUGUAGAGGCAUCACUUAUGAUGUAUUGACUUGUAUCAUGCGUUCAAACCCUAGUCUCAACGCUGCAACCGCAACGGAUCGGGAUUCCUUCAUUGGCCUUUGGGAUGAUUGCAUUAACAGGAUGAUUUCCAAGUUUUGUUCCAUCGAAAUGGUAUUUGUACGGAAAUCCUCGUCUUCUCUCGCGGAGACCGUACAAGAUCAAUGGCCUAAUGUUACUGCUUUCUUAAGGAAUUUUUGCUUGUGGAGAGGAGAGGAAACUGAUCAGUUAAGAGAAGGUCAACUAGAUCCUUCGUCUUCUAUUGUAGAGAAAUUCCUAUGGAGUUACAUGGACCUUCCUUACGUGUUAGGUUACUAUGCCGUUGGAUUCAUCGUUACGUUCUGCGCGUUGAGUCGAUCACAGGAACGAAUCAUCCGAACCGAUCUCUACACUGUGGAUCUGUCAACACCAGUGGAAAGACUAAAAGCUUUAGUACCGUGCUGGAGAAUCGCCGGAUUAUUACCGUUAUUAGCUGAUAAAUGCUUCCAUUACAUGAGUAGCAAUUUUAAACAUCUUCCGUACACUGAUUUUGAGCGAACAGAUUUUGGCAAUGGAAAUUUCACGGAGAUGACUCCGAAUACAGUUGUGAGAUAUUUUUCUAGUAAGAGAAAAUGGUUGGGGAUGAAGGAGAUCUACGAUUUUCUGGAUCACAGAAUCCCACACGCCGAAUUCGUGGUUAGGGCAUCGGAGAAAGAUCUGGCGUUGGUGUUCAAGCCUAGAGGUUGCAAAUUCAAGCCAGUUAAUUGUGAUCAAUUGAUAGAAGCAUUGAAACAGGUCACAAAAGCGUUGGUCGCACUACAUGAUCUUUCGUUUAUGCACAGGGAUUUGGGAUGGGAUAAAGUGAUGAGGAGAAUCGACAGGGAGAAUGAAUGGUUCAUUACGGGAUUUGACGAAGCGGUGACUGCACCGCAGCUGUAUCCUCACGGAGGAGCAGCGGCGGGGACGGGGAUGGGUAGGCAUCCGCCGGAGAUGGGGAGGAAUUAUCAUGGAGUGAAAGUAGAUGUAUGGGGAAUAGGGCAAUUAGUGAAGAGCUGUGGAUUAGUAGGGGUGCCGAAAUUGCUGAGGGAAUUGCAGAAUAGGUGUUUGGACCAUAACCCGGAGCAAAGACCGACGGCAGCAGACUGCUAUCGCCAUUUGUUACAGUUACAGUCUUCCAUCUCUGCAGCCGCCGCCGGAGGGUAUUGACAACUGAUUCUUCUCAGUUCUGUGUAUGUGAGUGAUUGAUAUGCCUAUUUAUUUCUUUUAUAUUCCAUGCAAUUUUACAUCUCUCUUUUUUCUUUUCUUUUUUCCUUUGCUCUGAAGCCACGUAAUUAAUUCUCUUUAAUUUGUUUUUUGGGAA